UGUAGCGUCGCGGCUGUGAUGCAAAGGAGAGAGAAACAUGGCGGCUGGGGGACGCGAGUUCAGUGGAAACAAUAGAGUGAGCGAGAGAAAAUUAACUCUCCGCUCUAGCAGUAACGGGAACAUCGGCAAUCAUGUUUGAUUCUUGUUGGACUCGAACUCGACUCUCAGCUUUUUAAAACAUUUCAAUAAGUUGUAUUUUUGGCGUGCGGUCCUUCAUCAAUGCAGUUGCCAAAAAUCCACCGAGUGUCCGAGUUCAGUUACUCGGGAGGAAAGUUUGUUGCCGCGCCGCUCGCUCGGCGCUUGUUUAAUUUUUUUUUUCUAGAUUUCUAAACGUAGGCUCGGCGCGUAUCAACAACUACGAUGAUGCGAUUUGUAGGGUGUGAAACGGCAGGGCUGCCGAUAUUUAUUGGCGUUUUUCUGUAAGAACUUGUGGCGAGAGAGGAAGAGCGAGCUCGAUUCGUGGGUCAUGCGGCGCUAGCGGGCCGGAUUCUUAAAAAGUGUUCGCCUUGAGUUUCAUUGUCGUGGAAGUCGACUUCACUUGUAGUCGUUGUGGUGGCAUUUAGGGACACGGAGUGAGAUUCGAUCACACUCGAUGACCACAAGGGUCACUUUGUCUAGCGUUGCGCGACUCAUGCAGGUGACUUGACUACUUGGCAUCCUGUACUUUUUUCCAGGAUGUCUUCACCAUGAUGGGGGCAGAACUGUCACCGUGUGAGCGUUCUUCCAGUUCCCGUCGCCCACUCAUUUGUUUUGGGUAUAUUGGAAUUUAUUGACGAAGGCCGCGAACUCUUCUCGUCUGACUCAAUUAGGAUUUAAGCCGCACGUCUUCUUUGCUUGUUUCUGAACCGCCGCAGUUUAUUUUGGACUGACUUUUUUUACUGUUAUGAUGGCGUACAAAGAAACUAGUCAUUUGUUCUUUUUAUCUUUUUAAGUCGCUCCGGAUACGCGGACUUACAGGCGAGUAGUGAGACUCGCGGCAGAGUCUCACGGGUCCCUCGAGAAACUUUCCCCGAGUGUCUUUUCUCUACAUGUCACUUGAUGAUGGCGGAUUACGUCGUACCGCGACACAGCGCGGUGAUGGAGCGGCUCCGGCGGCGCAUAGAGCUCUGCCGCCGGCAUCACAACAGCUGCGAGAGCCGCUAUGAGAGCACGGCGCUGGAGCGCCUGGAGAUCGAGAGGCAGCACACUUUUGCCCUCCAUCAGCGCUGUCUACAGACCAAGGCUAAGCGGGCGAGCAAACACCGGCAACCUCCACAGCCGGCGGCGGACCAGGUGGGAGCCCGUGGGACUACCGGCGGUGGCGCCGCCUCUGACCUGCCGGAAAGCGGCACCGGGGAGCAAAGCAGGAACAUCACCCUUCUAGCGCUCCAGGAAACUGUCAAGAGGAAGCUGGAGAAUGCUGCCUCGCCAGUAAAUGGGGACCAAGUCGGCAGUGCUUUUGGAGAUGGGUUUACGGUUACAAAAAAAAUUCGUCUAGAAAGUCAGCUGGGAAGUGCCAAUGGCACUUCCAGUUGUUUGCCACCAGUCUCACCCUUGCACCCGCUGGACAAUAAAGUUGUUGGCAAUGAUGAGAGGCUAAUUCAUAAUGGGAAACCUGGCUUAGGUUUGGACAGACUAAAUGGCAAAAGCAGCACUUCUGUUUCUGACUCAGGUCUGGGUGUGGGUCGAGAUUUGGAUGACACAUUUUUGCUUAAGGAGUUCAAGCAAGAGCCUGUGGAUGACAUCUUGCCUUGUAUGCUACCAUCUGGAGGUUCAAUGCCAAGCAACCUUAUAUCUGACUUGAACCUCGAUGAGCUGGAGUGGAAGGAACUCAUUGAAGAACUAAACCGAUCAGUACCUGAUGAAGACAUGCAAGAUAUCUUUAAUAAUUUUGAAGAUCGUAAAGACACUGAUACUGUCACUCCCUCAGUGCCUACAACACAGGACACAGUCACCAUCAAGACUGAAUUCUCCCCAGCAUCUGUUGCUUUUGAUCAAGAGCUAAGGACAGACUCCCCACAGGCAAGGCCUAGAUCUUCUGGCCCACCUUUGCACACUACCAACACGACCAACACUAAUGCUGCUUCUCCUGCAUUGCCAAAUUCUCAUUCUACCCAGCCUCAGAGGCAGCUCCCCCAAAACGUUAUGUUGCCUGCACCUUCCUCAAAAGAUUUGUCCCCAGCUCAACAGCUUCAGCAGCUUGCAGCUCAAAAGCAGCGGACUCAGCUUCUACAGAAUCAACAACCACCUCAGAAAUUCCAUCCUCCAAAAUGGCCCCAGAGUGCAUCUUCCCAGAACCCUCUUGGGUCAUCCUUUAGUGAGAAACCCCCAAAUACUUCUGUGUACCAGCAAAAUAAUGGUAAGCAACUGCUACUGCAACCCAAUGUACCAAACAAAAGCUCUCCAAAAACUGUUACCAACAGCUACAUACAUAACACUGCUCAUUCAUCCAUGAUUGGGCAUGCUGCUGCUAGCUUGAGCCAGAGUUCUGUUAACAGCCAGCCACCACGGUUAGACUACAGGAAUACCAAGCCAUUAUCACAUUAUGAGAUGGACCAUGGACAGAGUACAACUCCACCUACUCAGAGUAAAUCCAGCAUGUUGGCAUUCAUGCAAGAGCAGCAGAGGCGUCAGCAAAUUGCCAACCUUGCAGAUAAGCAGAAGCCUGGACUUCAGUAUUCCCCUCUGGUGGCUAGUCAUCAGGAGCAAAACUCUGCACAGAUGGUUCCUCGAGUUCCAGGUUCAGUUCCUGGUCCAGGUGGAGGAAUGGGGACACAACCACCUGCCCCAUCAAUUGUCUCUAAUCACAGCAGUGCUGCGUAUCUCAGUAAUCAUCAGCAAGCUGCUGUUCUGAAGCAACGGCAACAAAUGCAACUAAUGGAGCAUCGCAAACAGCUCCUUAUUGAGCGCCACCAGCUGAUAGAGCAGGAGAAGCAAAGGCAACAGCAGGAGCAGCAACUCCAGAGACACUUAACAAGACCACCACCUCAGUACCAAGGGCAGCCAACAAAUGCCUACCAGAAUCAAGUGGGCCAGUUUCCAGCAGCCGUCAACAACCUUCCUCCUCAGGCUGCUGGGAACCAGAGGAUGUAUCAGCAAGCUCAAGGCAUCAUUCAACAGGCGAGUGUCCCUUCUUCUGUUGCCCCAACUUCAAACCAGCCUGAUAUGGGAGGCCAUGCCUACAGUAACCUGCAGAGUGUCCAGUCAAACAUGUAUAAUAACAUGGGCACGGCUGUGAACCAGCUGCACCCUCACUCCACACCACAGGGUCCUCUUAGCAGUGGCCAGCUUCAGCGGCCUACUAUGGGACUGGCCCAAAGCACCAGUAUUUCUGCAGCAUAUGGGCAGAAUAUGUUGAGUGCCUCAGCUUUAACAGCCCAGCAGCAGCAACACCUGAAGGCUGCUGGCAACCAGGCAGUGGCCAAACCUCAAAUGACACGGAUGCCAAAUACCUGGUCUCACCAAAACAUACAGAACAUGGGCAGUAGUGGAUUGGCGCCCUUCAGUGGCAACACUGGCUUCCACUUGCAGGCUCAGCACUCAAAAAUGACAAACCAGCCCUUUAGUCCAUCUGCUCUGGCUUCCAAUCAGCCCAUCCCUACCAUGAAUUCAGUCGUUACAGGGCAGAUGAUGCCCACUUUACCACAGCAAAGGACAAGUCAAGCUCCUCCAGCUCCCCCCCAGAGUCAGUCCCAGCAAAUGGUAACAUCCUCCAUGAAUCCGCCUGUGGCAGACAUGAGUGGCUUUGGGCCUACUCCUAACCAGUCAAACCCACAUUGUAGCCAGGGUUUCCAGGUGCGGGCCAACAACCCAGAAGUGACUUUUGGUUAUGGCCUCCAAAACCUGUCUGCUGAUGGUGAUCUGAUGGACACACUUUUAAAAAACAGGACUACAGAGGAAUGGAUGAAUGAUCUUGAUGAAUUGCUGGGAGCUCAGCACUGAGAAUCUGGGACCAAAUGGGACUGGAAAGUUGUGCAUAUUGCUGCUGAUCCUGUGGGUCACUGAUAAACCACUGAUUCCAAGAAACAUGCAAGGAAGAACAGCACUGGACCAGCACCUUGGAUGCUUUUCCUUUUGGGCACUAGUUUUUGCCAGGGGUGGAUGGUGAACUGAUCAUUAUAUAUAUAUAUAUAUAUAUAUAUAUAAUGAAGUCAAAAGGUCAGAUGAUAAAAACCGUGGUCAUUGAGGCCCUGAUAUUUGGUUCCGUUUGGGGCUGACUCCAUCUUGCCUGCCCAUGGGUGUCUACCUGCCCUCCUGACUGUGAUCACGGGGAAGUGGAGGCAUUGGACUGAGUGCCAGUGAGCAUGUAGGGUUUACCCUUUAGGUGUUAAGCCGCUUUUCUUCUCAAGUGAGCGCAGAAGGCCUGUGUGUUUGGAAAUUUGAGAGUUUGCACUCAAAAGUUGUGUUCUUCAGAUUUUGCUUCUCGAAUAAGAAGAGAAAAUGUCUCCAUUUGGAAAACCUGGAUGUUAAUUGAAUCUCACAAAAUGGCUUUGCAUGUGCAAGUUUUUUUUUUUAUUAUUAUUUUAAAUAAACUCUGGCUCCUAGGAGACACCUGGGCACCAGUGGAGAGCAUCUGCACCACAAGUCUAAUGUCACACUACAUGUAAAGAUAGUCUGCCAUUGACAAAUCACCCCUGCUGGCAGCUUACCUCAAAUCUCUAGCAUCUUACUGGCAGUCAUUUGAUGUGUGCAGUCUCUGUGCUAAGCCCUGCCCCUGGGGGGUACCUGUGGGUUUGUUCAUCCUUGCAUGUGGCCUGCUUCUUCUGUUCUUUGCUAUAAACAUAUAUAUUGUAAUAAGCAUAUCCUGAUGUUCAAGAUCAAAUAGAACUUAUUUUUAUAUGUACAUUAUGCUGAGAAUUUUUUGUAUGUAUUUUGUACUUUAAUAACUAGAGCUUACUGUUUAAACAAUUAAAACUCUUUGACUACA